UGCAAUUAUUACAAAUUUUUACCCACAUGUAACUUAGUUUGUAAUACGUAAUUGUAAAUGUUAUCUUUCACUAUGAUCACUCGUCUUAUCAAGCCGACUGUGCUCGACCUCGAUCGAUCGAUUACGUUGCCAUUUUAUCCUCGCUGAAUAUCAUUAAUUUAACAUUCGCUUAAUCGUUAAAUUUGUACGAUAUCGUAAAACUAUUUAUUAAUCUACAAAGAGAAGCUUUUUGAAAAGAUAUAGAAACUUAGUUGUCUCUUCGUUUUAAUGGAUAAAGAAAGCUCGAUGAACGAUUCUAUUAUGUCAACAUAGAAUAACGUUAAGAGGCAAACGGCGAAGAGCUUGAAAAGUUAAUAAUUACAAAUGGUCAUUGUAUUGACACGCGUAAUAAUUUUCUCGACAGAAUUCGCACAGCUGGAAUUUAGAGAAAUAUUUGGCAUUCUGAUUUCUCUUCGUCUUUAACGAAAUAAUUAUAUUAGUAAAACGGAUCAAAGAUAUUUUUAUCUCGCGCAAAAAAUUGAAAAAUUGAUUUCGCGAAAGACGUAAGAGAUGUCAUUUCAUAUUUCUAAUUCAAUUCCAGUCUCUAGCUUUUAAAUAUUUAAACGCGUAAUAUUCGUAUUUUUACUGCAGAGCAUUCCUAGUCUUCUUAUUGGAGGAAAAGCAGUAUAUUAAAAUAAAUGAGAAAGAAUUCCAACACCGUGAAUGAUAUUGCACCCGUCUUCGGUGAUAUGCUCGAUCCUUCUGGAUCUUUGCGUAUCGCAAACGUAGACUUGAAUCGUUUAUUUGAUUAUAACGAAUAGCGUUUUAAUGCGUUGAUAUCGUAUCGACCAACAAAUUUUCUUCCUAUCUGUUAGCUUUACGAGAAAACGAUUGAAGAUCUAUUUUUCGAGAUUUUUGAUUUUACUCUCGCAAACGAUACAUCAUUAUUUAUUCUUACAUCAUGUGCGUGAACAACCAGAGUUAAGGACGCAAUUACCCACGCACAUUCUGUAUAUUAUUAUUUUGUACAUACGAAGCGUGCCUGAUAACGUUUAUUAUUCGUUCUCGAAUUAUAUGUUAAAAGAAUGUUCAAUUUAUAAAACAUUUGAUAUCGCAUAUUAUUUCUGUGGCCUCUUUCCCUUCGUCUCUAUAAAAUUUCAAUUUGGCGCGCUCGAGAAGAGCUCUCUGUAAUGUCGAUCGACGGUAAUUAAGCUGCCUGCUCUACUAUCCGUUGGUACUUUAUCGGCCGUGAGGAUUUUUUCAUUAUCAAUUUCAUUCAUCAAUUUUUGUCAAUUAAGCUCAAGAUGGGAGUCCUAUAAUGAAAUGUUUAAUCCUUUACCUAGCGAAUGGAGAUGAAUUUAAUGAGAAAAGCCAUUUGAAAAAGAUCUGUUUCUGUUCUAUUCGGUGACUAAUUCUUAGGCACGAGGUUAAGGACAUCACCGAGGAUGAGAAAAAAGGAGGAUUACAAAAACUCGUAAAAUAUAUGCACGGCGCCACGUAGGAACGAUGCGGGUUCAUCCGAAUUCCGAAGCUUUCAAGAUCUUACGAUAUCACCGUCUUAACUUGGCCACGACGUUUCGUUCCCUCUUUCACAAUUUCUUUAUUUUUCUUGGUAGCUUUAAAUCGAACGGUACUCAAAAAAUUGAUAUCGGACAUCGUAUGCACGUUGCGUUAUUACCUAUAAAAAUAGGUACUCGCUUUUGCAGAAGAGGAGGUAUCGAGCGUUGAUAUAGAUUUAAAUAAAAUAUUCUAACGAGACCAUUCUCUUAUCUACGAUUGAGAAGACACGGUUUCUCGUGAAAGGAAAGAAAAGUAGCGACGAAAAGGGAAGAGAGAGAAAAAAAAUAUAUAUAUAUAUAUAUAUAUAUACACAUAUAUAAGAAGGUAGAAAUAAAGGGAAGGAGACACUUCUCGUGGAGGAUCUCUCGGAGCGAUCUCUCCAAGAGUAGUACCUACUAAUGGCAUCGAGAAACGAUCUCUUUCUUAUUUCUCUCUUUCCUUUCUUUCUCAUCGAGAAACGAAGCUCUUGCUUUGUGCUCGUAGCGAGCGCGCUUAACUCCCGGUGUGUCGCGAGUUUCGUUUAUACGACGUAACGCGCGUACAGUUACGUAAGAUCGUGCGGGCGUUCGAGCUUAUCUGAUUGUCCACCGUAGACCCGGCCAGAAGUCGUUUCUCGAAAGUUAUGUCGCAUGCACGUGAGAAGGGAGGAGGAAGAGAAGAAGAAGAAGAAAAAGACUCGUUGAAAUUGCACAAGAGGCUCCUCCGAGAACCCUUUUUUUUUAUCGUGCCUCUUUCGAUCGUCGUUAUUUACCGAGGACCGAAUCCUUCGAUCGAUAUAUCCACGACCGAAUGAGUUUAGGAUUUAUAAACGAGAAUAUUACUCGUCGUUAAACGGACAAUAGUAAUGGAACUUAUAAACGUUAACUAUAGCGUCAAGUUUCUAACGGAAAUCUAACAAGAUUAAUUACAAAUCAGUCGAGAUAAUUAUUUAUCCAUGACGAUUUAACCGCCGGCACUUGCAUUUUAUGCAAAUAUGCAGAGCGUGCGCUUCUUAUAUUAUCUCUCGGAGACGGUGACGAAGGUAUAAAAUGUCGCUGGUAGGAUAGACAAUCUCACUCACUCGUCCUCUCUCUCUCUCUCUCUCUCUCUCCUUUGUUCUAUCUCAUUCCGAAGCUCUAUAAAGCGUCUUCAUUACGGAGCGAGGUGUCGUGUUACUUUAAUUACACAUCACGGUCAUCGUAAACGUUCGUCCGUAUGUGAAGCCAAUAAACACAACAAAGGAAAUCUCCGUUAAAAGAUCGCGGUGGACCGGAUAAAUCUUAGUAGCGAAUCAGUUAUGCUCGCGUGGCUACGGUCGUGUCGGUGGGCGUAAAUGACUGAAGAAAGAGACGUAUUUACGUCGCACGCACCGUAUCCCCUCGCUUGCUUUGAUUUACAAAUAUGCGAGACAUUGGGAAAUGACCUUCUCUCUCUCUCUCUCUCUUUCUCUCUCUAUCCGAAACAAUAACAACGGCGUUUUAUUUAGUACGAAGAUCAAUCACGAGCAGUUCGCGUUUGAAUCUCGAGGAGAGUCAAGCUAAAGGUCAGUCCAACCGAGAAGAGCCACUUUAAAUCUGUUUAACGUCUCGGCAUAGCGAAUACGGUAGCAAAGAGAGUCCGUGGAUCCAUUAGAGGAUGGAAUUAGUUCUGCGCAAGAGCCAAGGGUAAUGCGACGAUGCGGAGGAUGUUGGCGAAGGCGGCACUACUACUUGGCAAGGGAGAAAGAGAGAAAGAGGAUAAAUAUUAACAAAGAUUCCCAAGUAUUCGACGCCAAUGGACAAGAGAGGCCAGCUCUGCACGAGCUGACUAGAGUCUCGGCUAGAGUCUCGACUAUCGGCGCUAUCAGGCAUGAUAGAUGGCGGGCGGUGGCACGAUAAAUCACCGGAUCACACCGAGUGACCGAGGAUCUACGAACGAUCAUCCCGGUUUUAAGCUCUUCGGCUGUCGAUCAACUCGCGGGCAGAGCAAGAAUCAUACCUACGUACACAGCGAUAACGAUCGACGACGAAAAAACGGGAGGAAGACUGGUCUGGCUCGAGAACUAGACGCGACGGUUGCUACUCUACCAUGCCGACUUCUUCUUCUUCUUCUUCUUCUGCUUCUUCUACUUCGGCCGUUUCUCUGCAUAUCCGGCUAGUGACAAAAUGAAGUUGGUCCCGUGAUUGGGUAGUGCAACAUUGGUUCUCGGCUCACGCAGACCUUCCCUCCUUUUCCAUCUAUUCUUUUCUCUACUUUGUUGACGUUCCUACCGACACAGUCAUCUUCGUUUUUAGCUUUCACCAUCCCUCGGAAGAACGUGUCACUGUUCCCUUUUACCCUUUGAAAUUUACAUUUCAAGCUCGACAACGACAACCACGACCGCGGGACACUUCUUUGUCUUCCGCGAGCGAGGCGUCGCAGCGAGAUGAGAGGUAUCAUCGUCGUCGCUAAGAGCUAAAAGAGAGGAAGAGAGAGAGAGAGGAAGGGUGCUGGAAGAAGCCUAAGACGAGACAAGGACCGGUCGGAAACGCAAAGCGGAAAAAGGUGAGAGACUGGGAGAAAAGUUGAAGGGAUAACGCGCAUUAGGGGUCGUUAUAAUGGGCCAGUGAGUGUCUUCGCAGGCACAGGUGACUGUGGGAAUGACCGUUGAGGCUUAGACAGGUUGAGGCUGGUCCCUUCGAAAGACCGUUAGACGUGUGAAAAACGUAUACGAUAAUCCGUGCACGCAUUACUCUUACGAAAAAAUCUUACGGCAAAUUAAAUUGUUUUUUAGUUUUUUCCAAUUUUCAAACGAUAGAAAUGAUUUUUACUUCCAAGAAGAAUAAUAUCGAUUUAACGUAUCCUUAAUAAUACUUUUCCAUAUUGUGCCUGAUGUAUAGGGUCGGUAAAAUCACAAUAAAGAAGAAAGGAGUAAGGUUACGAGUGCAUCUGCUCGCGGCAUAGCCGUGGGUGUUGGUGGCCAGGUGUCGGGAACUUUUCCAAACGAUCAUCGUCUUAUACGAUUCAAUGGCGCGUUAAUUGAUCGGUCGCGCCGUCGAUCGUCGUGCUGCCCAGAAGGGACGGCGCCUAUUCUCUCUCUCUCUCUCCCUCUCUCUCUCUCUCUCUCUCUCUCCUCCUUUCCUCCGCAUUAGAAGGAGCAAUGGACGGAUGUGACUGGAAGAAUCGGCGAUUUGACUCGCGAGCAGAAUUUGUUUGGCCUCGUUAAACGAGCGUGCACCGGAAAGCCGGCGUUGUUUUUGAUUUCACGGUUUAAAAUAUCCUUAUAUCUUUUAGGAUAUCCACCGCAAAGAAAGGCUCGUCAAAUGUUCUCGUUCAAAGGAUCGACGAGGAAGAAAAAAGGAAAAAGAAAAAAGAAGAGAACACGUGAGAAGCAGAAAACGGAACUCGUAGUCUAUCGCAUUUACAAUCUUCUAAGAAGCUUUCGUAAGAGAGUUUAAGCAAGAUCUAGGAGCUGAAAAGCCACGGAGAACGGGAGCGAUAUCGUUGGCAGUAGCAUUUCGGAAGGCAAUCGCGAUUUUACUACGACACGUUACGUUAUCCUUUAGGUCUUUCUAAAGGCCCCUUUAAAAACGAUUUAACAGAUUGGCCGAUUUGCGUCUGGCCGAUAGUUUACGCGAGCGUACGGUGUGUGUUUUCGAGAUAGCUACCGUGACAGCUGAACGAGACCACGAGACAGAAGGAGGAGGAGGAGGAGAGUACGUAAGUACCUACGUACACGUAAAUUUCACGUUCUCUCGCGUGACACAGUGCCAUAGUUUGGCGUGUCAGCGAGUAUAAGCUAACCAAAGUUAGCGCGAGAGAGUGUCCAGGCAAUUAGGAGCGCCGGUACCGCGGAAUUCAAGAAAGCUUACCUCUCUCGAAUAGACUCGAGGCGAGCAACAACGGGGCACCCAAAGAGUGGACACUCGUUGGCGUGAGCACGUGCGCGCGCACACACAAAAGAGAGAGAGAGAGAGAGAGAGAGAGAUAAGACGGCGAUUAGAGGUUCAGCAUUCGGAUCGCGCUUCAAUGAGGUGGAACCGGGCGCAUUGUCGCCCGUAAAUUACGUGAAUUUUCUUGCAAUAUCGCCGUAGGCCAACGAUACGAGGCGCCGGCUCGUCCAGACUCGCCGGCUCUCUUUCCCUCUUUCUUUUCUAAGCGUGCGCACGUGCGACGUAACUUCACCUGAUCGCGAGUGCUCGUAAUUAAACGACGAAACUCGACCCUCCGAGAUUUCACUCUCUUUCAACGCUUCGUUGAGUUUAUUAAAUAAAUCAUCGAACAAGAACCGGCCGUGGAGGAAAAAGUAGAAACAUAGCUGUAUUAAUAUCGUGCGAUAUCUUUAUCUUUUUAAUUAAGUGAUUUUUUGAAAUAUAUCUAAUCUAAAAAAUGCUUCGAUAAUUACACAAUUACUUCUCGAUAUAUUUAACGUAGCAAAUACAAAGCGUUAUCGAGGAGUCGUUUAAUAAUUUCUCCGAUUUGAUCCGCUGUUAUGUUGGGUGCGGAAACGCGUGGUCGUCGAUGGGUCUCCACGUAACGUAGAAAAUAUUCGUCGACUUUGUGAUCAGCCUGUGGAACGAUCAAAGACAACAGGUUUAACGCUAUACGUUUCGGCGAAACAUAAUUUUCGCCGUCUGAUGCAACGUCGGUCACUGGCAAUAAUCGUGCAAGAUUUAUCUCGACUGCACGCGCACCGCCAAUAACAACGAGUCAAUAAUAACUCGUACUACGACUAAUCGGCCGACCGAUAUCCUUCCAUUUCUCUUCUCUCCUUGAUUGGUAGAUACACAGACGUAUGAGUAUCGAUAAGGAGAAUAUAAUUGUAGGCUCGCACCUCGAUCGACCUGAAACUCAGUUUGCGAAUCGAUCGAUAGAUCGAUCGGUCUUUCGUACAAAUCAUUCGUGAUACUUUCGUUUCCUAUCCGACUUCCCUUCCUUGCGUUUCUCCUUGCGUAGACCCAACAAAGCGAUAACGGUAUCGUAGAAAUCGCUUAGGAAUUCUUUAUCGACUAAACUAUUUAUGUAAGUUUGAUCCUUGUAAUCAACGUUACUCACAUACAUACAUACAUACACACAUACAUACAUACACACAUACAUAUAUAUAUAUAUAUGUAAAUUGAAUGAGAAAGAUCGGGACGAGGGAUUUGGAAAGUGAAAUCAAAACAAACUGUCCGUCUUUCGAUCGUCCUAGUACGGUUUAUCGAGUAUUAGAUAUACAAUCGUUGUGUCGUAGCGUUAACUCGAGAAGAAUAUAAACACGAACGAACGAAAAACGUUCGAUAUAAAGCGUCGCAGAUCGUGGGACCAAAUUGCAUCGGGGCGAUUAAUAAUCCCAAGAGAGAAAGGACGGGGAAGGGCGGUCGAUGACAAAGAGAAGCACGAGUAAGUAAACGAUCAAGGCGACAGUCCCACGAGCAUUGUGUACACACGGUGUCGCGUUAGUUGGCAAGUGGCAGACACGGUGGGUUCAUUAAGAACGCAUUCCAGGGUGUCCCCGAGUCUCUCUCUCUCUCUCUCUCUCUCUCUCUCUCUCUCUCUCUGUUCUAGCACUUAUCUCGCUAUAACCACUCACUUACGGCGCCGCACUGUCCCAAGCGGCGAAGAGAGCGGUUCAGACUCCUUCCUCCUCCUCCUCCUCCUCCUUUUCCUCCUCCUUCGAACGCUUCUCCGCUCUCCUACGCACGUGUGUUUACGCUCGCGACUAGAACUUUGAACGAUCGAACGCGAGCGUCAAGUCGAUAGAUCUAUCAUGAUCUCGGUGAAAGAAAUUACGUAACUCGGAGUAACUCGUAUUAUAUAUAUACAUUGAUUUUUGCAGAUAUCGUUUCUACAGUUUCGAAUUUAUUGGAUAUAUAUAUAUAUAUAUAUAUACGUAUAUAUUUAAUAAUUUAAAGGAUAUUUUUCUUUUAUAAGAUCAUGCAAUCGUGACGUAACGUGCAAGAAUCUUUCGUAUCUCGUGGACCCUUUCCCUUUUUCAAUCCACCUAUUAAUUUGCCUUUCUCUCUUUCUGAUUCGAAUCUCCGCGAUGGCGGGACCCGUUAGUCACUACUCUUGGGCCUUCUCGACGGUUUUUUAUUUUUCUUUCUUUUUUUCAUCGUCCGAUUUUCGCAAUAACAAUUUCACCCGUGGUCGCACGCACGUACGCAACUUGCGCGCACUCGCAUGAUCGAACUCCCGGCCAUUGUCUCUCGUGCGCUUGGAGAAAGUGUGACCCUAAUAGCUGGGGGAAUGAUUAGAGGAAUCGCGCUGCUCCAAUCGCCAUACGCCAUCGCACCCACUCGCCCAAACACGAGCUCGAAACUCGUCGAGACUUUUCUUUUAUCGUGGCGGCGAUCACCAUGCUCUAUCUCCAUCGAUAUUCUUGCAAAGGAUUCUUUGCGAACGAUAUCGCUCCUAACAACUAUAUACAUAUAUAUCGGAUCUUUAGAGAUUUUUCAGACUAUUCCGAAGAUAUUAUAAUUCAUUAACACCUUGUAUAUUUUCGAGUUCGAACGAAUCGUAACUCGCUUUCCUUAUCGGGACUGCACGCGAGUAAAAAUUCAUAAAAUCGUAUACUAGUCGUACUUUAAAAUUACGAAUCGUUUCCGAUCGUAAGUCGAACGUGUUUGGACGUCGAAAAUAGGGAGAGAGCAAAGUUUAAACGAGUCUCUCCAUGCACCGAAUGCAUAAACGUAUUAACAUAUGAAUUUCCGAUAAGUAUUCCAGGAUAUAAAGCAGGCGAGAUACGCGUAGCGUAUAACUAAUGUCCGUGUCUAGUAGUAGCAUGCGCUACUCGAGCAUGCACAUGAAAGUCGUCUCGGAUAAUCUGAACGCGAGAGAGGCAUAGGAAGGCGGCGGCGGCGGCGGUGGCGGCGGCGGCGGAGGAGGAGGAAGAGGAGGAGGAGGAGAAGAAGAAGAAGGAAGGAAGGAGCGGAUGAUGGGACUCGUCUUUUAAACCAUGAUGCUAAUUAAUUAAAACGAGCGGCCGACAGUUGCGUAAGGAGGAGGUCCGGUAGUAGCUUCUCACCGGUGUUCUAAGCAGUCACGUUAUAUCGGUAGAGGAGGAUCGAGAUUAUUUAUUUAAUGUAUUCCCGGCAGGGACCACCGACCGGCAGAGAGCAGUAGGGUGCACCAGCUACCCAUCCGCGAGCUCACGCACUAAUUUCGUUUUCGGACGUAUCGCUGAGAGAAAGAGGAAGAAAGAGAGAGCGCAAAGACGCUCCAGGUGGAGAGUCAUAUUUCUAAAGGAUUACAACGGUCGGAGAUAGGAUUUCCUUAUCGUAGAUAGAUUUCGGCAGACUCAUCAAAAGAAAGAAAAAAAAAAAAAAAGAAAAGAAAGAAAGAGAAAAGAAAAAGAAAAAGAAACGACGCAGACCUUUCGCACCGUAGAAAAGUAUGCUAUGGUAGGUAGGGAUAUUUAGAAGAUCGAAAUUUAGUAGAGCUUCGGUCAUCUGGUCCAUCUCGUCACCUGCCCGCCUCUAUAAAGCAACCCCCUGUUGGGCACGCGUCAUACCACGAUAGGAAAAUCGUUCGACGAACUGACCAUAUGCUCUCGUUUUCUCGGAAAAAGGAACAAACUGCGAUAUUCUUAAUCGUAUUUAUAUAAAGAUUUUUCAAUGGUCUACGAAUUUUCAAAGAUAUCAUCGUAUUUUGCAAAGAGAAUAAACAAAGAAAAUAAAAACUAUGUAAGAAAAGUAAAAGAAAGAUUCAAACUGACACAAGUAAUUUCCAUUCAUUAUAUGAAUAAAGGUAUUUCUUAGCCUCGGAGAAUCGGUGUUACGCGAUCGAACGGAGAUUCGAAAGAGAAGCGAAACAUUUGAUUUUCCGGUUUAAUAAUACACCCUAUGAUCCUAGCGAAACGUCCGUUCGAAACUAAAUUCAAGAAGCAAGGAAGCUCCGUGAACGUUUUCUCGAAAAAUGAAAAGUUGCUGGAGGCACGAGACUUCGAAGAGAAAGAAAGAGGGUGUAUCAGCUGUCGUCGAUCCCAGACAGAUGUUACCACCGUCCGCUAGGCGGUGUAUUCGCAUACGUUGCUUCUCGAAAUUGUGUAUAUAUCCCUCUUAUAUCCCUCGAGAUACUUUUUUCAACGAUUUUUCCAGGUUUCGACCUGGUGUUCUCAGGUGAACGGGGCGCCGCUCCCAUCCUCGUCGUUUCCCUUUCGAGAAAGCUCUUUCGCCGUGCUGGCAGAAACGCAUCGCGGCAGGUUCGAGCUUGCCCGAGGGAGACUCGAAAGGAGAAAUCGAUAUUUCUUGUAAAUCGGUAGACUCGUAUUGCAUGUCUACUCGUACGACCAGUAUUUAUUUCUCUCUAUUUUACGUUUCUCUUCGCUCAACAGGUUAUACGAGUUCAGUGUCGAUUUCAGCCCUUACGCUGUAUAACAACUUAUAUAGCAACUCGAACUUUCUGCACGGUGCACGCAAGGAAAGGGUAUAAAACGACCCUUCGACUCGAAACGUGUCUGAACUUAAAAUACACACAUUUUUGGCAUAGUAAUGAGAUUUUUAUUAAAUCCUCGCCAUGCACGGAAACCAGUCUGGACAAAUUAUCGUCCAGUCGAGCAACCAUCGUCAUUUCUACGUCGUGCGCCUUAACAUUCGUAGGAAUACAAGAGAUAGAGUCGCGGAGAAGAAGUUGGUUAGAACGCGAGCGGCGUUACUUUGGAAAAAAUUACAACGGGGAUGGCAAAGGCGGUAGAAGCAAGGAGCAGGUCUCGCAGGGACAAAGGGCAAGUAUAUACCACGUCUCUCUGACCGAGAGCGAGAGCGGACUCGAGAGAAGAAGCAGUGAUUCUUUGAGAUUUUCGUACAAUAGGGAGAGACCUUACGCGCCGCAGCGGCCAUUCAUUGUUAUAUGAAAAAAGAGGAAAAACUCCGGCGCACCAGUCUCAUUCACGAUCUACGAAAUAGCGUGCAUUGUGAGAGGGCGUGCACAGAGGUUCUCGAUCGUUCCACGUGACCUAUCUUUCUUAAUCGUCAAACUUUCCAUUUUUUUCUCCUUUCAAAAUGAGAAACUCUGUUACUUCUCGAGGGAUCGACAAUUUUGUGAUGCUUUCAUUUUUAAACAAAGUACAAGUAUACGUACAAGUGCAUCUGCAAUCAUUGCAUAUCGCAAUGACGCAAUGCCAGGAAGAACUCAAAGUCUCAAGGGAAAAACGUUUUUGUAAUCUUUCGAACGUGAAAUGAUGCUGUGUGAUUAUGAAUGAGCUCGUUUAUUCUACGUGGUACUGACCUUAAUGUAAAAUGUGGUAAGAACUUUCGGCACCUCAAGAAUCGCACACCUGUACAACCUAGCCGUAUCCGUUUCACCACUAUGAAUGGCGAAGGAUUCGAGUGGAUCAGAAAAUGCGUUUUAAAGAGUCUUUAAGAAAACCUUUUGGUUAGGAAAGGUAUAGAUACUUUGGAACCCCUGCAAAGGAGUUUUCUCGUAAUUCGUCAUGGAUAUUCUCUGUGGUCUCCUCGCGACGACCUUUUUCUAUUGAACGUCUUUGAAUGAAUGUCCGGUUCAAUCAUCGUUUUCUUUUUUUUUUUUUGUUCUUUUCCUCGGGAUUACUAUAAUUCUACAUAUUAUUUGCAAAGUCAAAACUCGACGAAUUCUUUGUCGUUCGUAAUUAUUGAUAAACGUAACGACAACGAGACGAGAUCUAAGAAAAUUUGAAACAUACCUGCUAUUUAUUUCAUUUAGAUCAAAUCAGUCACGUUAAACCAGUCGAACAAUGUAUUCUUUCGUUACGAUAUGGUGGGGGAAAAAGAAUUGGUAAAAAAAUAAACGAUGGAAGAGCUCUUGAAGAAGAAUGCCACAUGGGUUCACGUGCUGGUAGAAAGAUUCGUAGGCCAGGUACAUGAUGCGGGACAAAGGGUCUUUGGGUUCUUGGGAAGUAAGCACCAUUUACUGUCGUGUCGUCUUAUUCGAAUAUAUUGUUUGGAACCUGAUUAUUCGAGUCGUUAAUAACCUUAUAAACGUUCUGAGAUGAGAAAAGGAGUGGACGCGUAUACAUAACGAUGAUAAUAUAAAUCAUAGGUCAAAUUUUCUAUUAACAUUACGAGAAUAUAAUCAAAAAGUAAUGUAAAUAAUUGCUUAUCUUUUUUAUGCAUGCAAGUACGUAAUUGCUGAUAUACUAUCCGAGAUCUUUGGAAAACUAAAUAAGAAAGUAAAGUUUCUUAGUAAAUGAAACGAGUGACACAUCUCAUUGUCGGACCAUAACAAUAUGCAUAUAUAUAUAUAUAUAUAUAUAUAUAUAUAUAUAUGCGAUGAGUAAAAUAAUAAUAGUGAAAGAUAAGAAACGAUAAGAUAGAUGAAACGAAUCGUCCGUCAAUAGAAUCUUUGCGGCAUAUUUGGGAAAAUUUACGGGAAAGUUGUUAUUGUAUUUUUACAUUUAUUGCGAUUGAACUAUUGUACAAACUUUCAAUUACGCAUUACUUGCAGAAUAAUAAUAUAAUUAUCAAAAAAAUAUAUUAUUGUCUAUUAUUAUCAAGACCUUUCAAAUAAUUUGACAAAAAGCAUUAUAAAUUCUUGUCCCAUUGACCGAAGGUCAUUAUUAAUCCGAUAGAAAACGAAAAACAAUGACACAUAGCGAAGAAAUCGGUAUACGUACCGACAAAAAUAUGUGACGUCACUAGGUACUUGUAUAUGGACUCAACUUUGAAAUGGAUUUAAAACUAUCGAUAGAUAAUUUAGAUUACGAUAAAGAGCUCCGUUGAUUUAUGCGAUUUUCAUGCGUUGUUUUUUUUUUCUUUUUUUUUUAUUUCUAAAUAUACAUACAUACGUGAUAUGUCGGUAUUAUUCCAAAUAGAUAGUAAAUAAUUUGUAAACAUUUGUGAGUCGAAAAAAAACAUUUGAUUCGUCGUCGUACGUAGCGACGAGAAAAGAGAACGAUCCGGAGGCAAGAGAGAAGAGGGGAGGCACCCUGCUUUUCUCUCUCUCUCCCCCCAAAAGAGAGGGGUACCUUACACAUGUCUAGGGAUCUACGAGGCCCCGAAAAUGGGUCCGUAAAGCUAGUCCCAGUGGGGCCGCUCGCAUAUGGUGGCAACUACGCAUGUGGCGCGAGCGUAGACAGGCACUCACACAGAGAAGAUCUCGCGGUAAUAGCCAGGUGUUUCAAAGGUGAGGCGAUGGGGUGCUCCUCGCCUCGAGAGGCGGCGGAACAAAAAAACAAACCAGCUUCCUUCCGAUGGGGCUACCUCCCAUCGGCUGAGCCACACGGUAUACGUACCGUACACAUGCGCACACCUAGACAAGGUGUGCCGUAAUAAUUAUACAGAUUUAUUCGAAUGGGCCGGCUCAACUACGACGACCACCACAUAUAUCGACUAGUUAAACGUUCCGUCGAAAUACAUAUAACACGCUCGUGAACUCGAGGAAACUCGUACUUACUUCUACGAUCGUUGGAGUCACACCUUUCAUUGCUCUUCGCUCCUACCGUGUAAUUUUCCAUUUUGAAAGGCCCGUUAAGUAAAUUAUACGAAUCCUAGGAUAUAGGUAUCAAGGAUUAUCCGUAAAUUCUCUUCGAUAUAGUUCUCUAACAAGGGUAGCAUCUGUUUUAAGUUUGUCCAUUCGACGAAAGUUAAAAAGUGUCUUUUGAAACGUAUAAAAUAUGAUAAUCGUCAUAAACAGACAGAUAAAUAGAGAGAGAGAGAGAGAGAGAGAGAGAGAGAGAGAGAGAGAGGAAGGGGUGAGAAGAGGAUUCUCGUCAGUAUAGUCUAUAAAUUAACGGACACGUUAACGCCUUUUCUUUCUAGCCUUUUAAAAGUACCGGUGACAAAGCGUACUGCGUAAGAUCGCAACCGCCUCGAAGGGUUCUUCGAGAAGACCUGCUCGUGAUAUCGACGCUUUACUUGUCAGAGGAAGGACAGAUAUAUAUGUACAUAUUUUGGUAGCAACCUGUCCGAAUUUGGGACCAAUCUAGUUGGAGGGUGACCGAGAAUAGAAAAGCCGACGUCCAUCGUUUCUCUCUCUCUCUCUCUCUCUCUCUCUCUCUCUCUCUCUUUAUUUCGCUAGGUUUGCACGUAUAGAAUAUACGACCAAACAAAAGGCAAGGCGAGUUAACGCGCCCAACAUUUGGUAUAAUUUAGGAGCACCUUUCGAGGCCACUUCUCUUUUUCUCUUUCCUUCUUUUUUUUUUUUCGCGAUGAAGAGAGAACGAAGGAAGAAAGAAACGGAAUAGCUCACCGGAACCAGUGGUAGCUUACCGGAAUAACCGGAUGAGAUGCAGGUCUCUCCGUCGUCUGCUUCGUCCCCCUCUCUUUCCCCUUUUCUCUCUUUGCGGUUCUCCCUCUUAUUUCGGUACUCUUCGUUCUCUCCCUCGGAAUAUUUUUCGACGGAUCAAGCGCGAGCGCGCGAGGAUAGGGAUAUACGGUAGGUAGGUAGGUAGGUAGGUAGGUAGGUAGGUAGAUACUUGCAUAGUAUGCCUAGUAGAAGAGACAGAUAGCUGCUACGAAAGGUACCUUUCUUAAGAGCGUACUUUCAAGCAUGCAAGGCAGGUAGAUUAUUCGUCGACUAGCGACCGGUGCACGAUUCAUCCUUUCUCCUCUUCUUUUUUAAAAUUAGAUAGAGAGAGAGAGAGAGAGAGAGAGAGAUCGCGCGUAUAACCGAAGAUUCGCUCCUUCCUUCCUUCUUUGCUUUGGUUGGACGCUUCGCAAGUGGCGAAUUAUGAGAAGGAAAAGAAAGAUCCACGGCGACGUCGGUGAGAUCGAUCCUCUAUCCCUUCUUCCUUCGGGAAGGAAGAAUAUUUUUAUGUACGAUCUCGCACACACGCAGAGAAUAAGUUACGACGUUAAUAAAAUGUAGGCCAGUCGGAAAGCGGCAGGUAUAUCAAAGUCGUUGGAAUUCGGCCGUGGAUCCCCGCGUCGUUUUCGCGAGGAAAACGUAUACGUAAAAUGAUCUUUAUGGGCGCGUAAACGCGUUACGCUUUUAUAGCUACCUACAGGAGGGUGUUAUAAAUCGCGACUAGUUUCUUAAUUAAUACGGGAUAAACGUCGAAUUGUCGACGGAGCGUCGUUCAUUCGAUCGCGUCGAACAAGGAAUAUAGAGUUACAAAAGGUAUUAUCAUAAAAUUGUCGUAGAGCAUGUCGCGGGCUUCGGUAGCUGUCUCUUUGUUUCUCCUUUAUUACGAAACGAUCGGACGAAAUGAUCGGGCGGUCUCUCUCGUGUGCGCGCAACCGCGCGCAUUGGAAACUAGUCCAAAGAAUAUAAAGUGUUACGCGAACGAGCUGUUUACGACGACAAGUACAAGGGUCCUUCGUCAAAAAUCUUUUUAGUCGUGCCUUUCUUAAUGCCCCGUCGUCGUACCGGUCUCCCGGUGGUUAUCGUUUCACGAUCGGCCGAUUCGAAUGAUCUCGUUUCACUGUGAUAACCCGCUUCGUUGCCAAUCGAAGAAGGAUAAAAAGGAAAAUCUCAAUAUUAUUGAAAUGUACGUGCUGCGAUAGGAACUUUCUUUUGGGGAUACAUUAUCUAGGAUAAAUUUUGUACGGCUCGCAAUGUUUUGCUCGAUGCUUUUGAAGACUAUAUACUAUUCAAAGGGAAAACUGUGAAUGACGUAUCCGCGAGGCGUGAUAUUUCAUGAAAUUUUCCUAUUUUUCGUAAGAGCAAAUUGUACUUGACUGAAACGUACAAGAAAAAUCAUAAACAGGGAGAUGAAUCUUGAGUUUUUUUUUUCGAGGAGAUAAAUAAGUAUUAGGUCACGUGGCGAAAUCACGAAGAGAGCAAACGUUCUUGGUCGCGAAAAUGGCAGUGCUCUGGGCUCGUGAAUCCAACGUGGUCGAGUAGGCGCGCGCGCGCGAGCGCUCGUUGACGCUGGCACGCUCUCCUUCUAACAAGAGGGGGAUCCACCCGUACGUGUGGGUUUCAGCACGCGUGGGCGAUGCUGCGGCACGCGACACGACCGUUACGUUCGAAACUGGCGCUGCACGCUGCCGGUCGACGAGGGGAAGGAGGCCUGAAAUUCAGCAAGGGGAACGAAACGGAUCGCUGUAUCCUCGCACGCACACGCAUCAGGCUCGAGUAUGACGAAAGAAACGGUACGUGCGAUGCUCCUGAGAGUCCAGAGAGAGAGAGAGGGACGAAGAAGGAGAGAGAGAAAGAGGUAGGGGGGCCAGGUAAAUCGAACGGAAAUUCGAAUGGAAAAAGGCGUAAUGCGCAAAGUCGCGUACAGCAACGACAGCGAGAGGGAGGUAGGGUGGGUGGCCGUUUAGAGAAGAGGCCCAGCAUCUGCUCUGUUUCGCGUCGCGUCGUGUCGCGCGAGAAAAAUCUCGUGAGCGCGCGCGUGCGCACGCGGUCACUAAGAGAGCGGAAAGAGAAGAACGAAGGGAAAAAAGAGAGGGAAGCGCAGCAGUGGGACAAUCGCGUCGCGCUCACAAAUAUCCUGCACCUCCCGUCCGUGGAGCGUAGCUCGGCUAGCUCAAAGAGUGGGGAAGGACGCACGAGCUGUCGGAACAGAUGGCUUCGUCGCUAUUGGUUCACGGCCCGCGACUGGCCGUCCCCCAUUGGCGAGCUGUACGGGGCCCCUGGCCCCGCAUUGGUUCGGCAGCACGUGCGGGCCACCUGCACCUGCCUGGUGGGGCGACCUCUUAUAAAAGAUGUUGGAGAACCCCCUACCAGUCAGAGACCGGCUCGCAGCCGAACCGUUUUCACGAUCGUCUAGUUACUCGUUCUUAAUUCAUUCUUCAAUUUUUCUUUCUUUAAUCGUCCGAUUCAUUUCAUUCGUUCGAAUAAUCACGUAACGAGAUAGAAAAAAAAACGUAGUGCCAUACGAGGAAGAGAGAAGUUGGUGUGUGAAAUAGUGCAGUGACAUUAUCACGCUAUCAAGGAUUAUUCUUAUAAUUUCUCGCAAUUUUUCCUUAUUUGGUCUUCUACUCAUGAACGCAUCGCGACAUAGUGUGAUAGAAGAAGUAAUUCGAGUUUACGUGCUACUCAACAAAUUGGAUUAACACUGACAGUGCCUUCGCGGUGUCGACUACCUGCGAAGAGCAAAACUAUUAUCUAUCAGUAAUCGUUGCUCUCGAAGGCCCAAAUAUGCUUAUAGAUGAGAUGCCUCGUAGCUUCGUUAAGAAAAACAACAGCUACAGUCACUGCCCGCUUAAGAAGCGGCCGGUGCACGUCUUGCUCAAUGAAGAUAUCCCGAAGGUAAUCAAAGAAGAGAUCAUUGACGUGGUGGUAGACGAUAUUCCCGAGCCCGAAAAUUUGAGCACAAAACCGGAAGAUCUAAGUAGAAAUGCAGAACGUCAUUCGAAUCAACCGCAACAACAGCAACAACAACAACAACAACAACAUAAUCAUCAUCAUCAUCAUCAUCAUCAGCAGCAGCAGCAGCAGCAGCAGCAGCAGCAGCAACAGCAGCAGCAAUUGCAGCAGCAUCAGAUAUCGUCGGAACCGUUGACGCAUCAACGCGAGUAUCCGUCAAGGUCGCCGUCACCUCCGAUAAAACCACCUUCUCCCGUGAUCGCACCUAGGCCGGUCUCGCCAUCGGAACAUUUGCAUCCCCAUCAUCUUUAUCCGGUGCAUCAUCUCCAUCAUCACCAUCAUUAUCCCACAAAGGCAAUCACGCCGCCGGCCGGAAUCGCACCAAUCCAUCCUGUUGCAAAGAAGGCUCGCGUCGAAGUUAUACAGCAUGAAAGUUCCUCUUCGACUGUGGUACCGGCUACGACGACGACGGCGGCUACGGCUACGGCCGCGGUUUCUGCUAGUAGUACGGCACCGCUUCAUUUCAUGGCCAGCAAGGCGCCCUUGGAGCCAUUGAACCUGAACACUCCGGUCGAGCCGCUUGCUCAUUACGCGACACCGGCAUGGGCUCGUUCCGCGCCUCUUUAUCCACCUCACUAUCUGCCCUAUCCAGCGGCCUACAGAUAUCAUCCGGGCACGGAACUCUAUCCGUCCUAUCCGAUGCCAGCUUAUCCACAUUCCUCGCCUGAACAUCAUUCGUCGGUAUCGCCGCCUCCACACGCCGCUCUGACCUGUCCGACGAUCCAGAGACCGAUCGCCAGGAGCUAUGCUCACUGGGCAAGUCCCGAUCACUGCGGUCUAUCGCCUACCAGUUCCUUAGGAUCGGGAUCCCUUAGGUCACCUCCACCGGUCACUCCCGAAGACCUAUCUUCCCCGGGAAGCGACAGUGGUAGAUCUUCCGCCGGUAGUACAUCAGCAGGCCCAACGAUUGUGAACGCUAAGAUCGAGAAGAGCGCGACGAGUGGCUCCUCCACGUCACUCUCUUCUUCCUCCUCCGCUACAUCGCCAAGAUAUCAGUGUCCAGACUGUGGAAAAUCAUAUUCCACGUAUUCCGGAUUGUCGAAGCAUCAACAGUUUCACUGUGCCGCGGCGGAAGGUCAAACGAAAAAGUCCUUCUCCUGCAAAUACUGCGAGAAGGUUUACGUCAGCCUCGGUGCUCUCAAAAUGCACAUUCGAACGCACACGUUGCCAUGCAAGUGUCAUCUCUGCGGCAAGGCGUUCUCGAGGCCAUGGCUACUUCAAGGACACAUCAGGACUCACACCGGAGAGAAGCCGUUCAGUUGUCAGCACUGCAAUCGCGCGUUCGCCGACAGAAGCAAUCUCAGGGCUCAUCUACAAACUCACAGCGACGUUAAGAAGUACUCUUGCACGUCCUGCAGCAAAACGUUCAGUCGAAUGUCUCUGCUGACGAAGCAUCAGGAGGGCGGUUGUCCUGGUGUACCCGUUCCAAUAGGAUACGGUUGCUAAAGUGCCAUCGACAAUGGAGGAAAUUUGGAGUGGACCGAGAGUUUCCUGCGUCUCACAAAAAGUGCGAUAGCACGUGACGCGUUAAAAAAAAAAAAAAGAAAAAAAAAAGAAAAAAAAAGAAAAAAAAAGCAAAAAAAAGAACCGACGGAAAGACUCUUGCGCGCUCGUCCUUUUUUACAUUUUCUAUUUCUUCUGAAAGUGCCUUCUUUGGGAAAAACGCCGAAUCGAAAGACGAGUCAUCUAAAAAGUUAAUACGAAUGUAACUUUGCUUCGAUUAAGAUUCGAUUUCACGACUUGGAUUUUAAUCGAAGUCCCGAGAGACUUUAACGAGCGGUCGGCAAAUGGUUUCGUGCCGUGUAUUUCAACGAUCGUAGUUUUCCUUUCUCUAUUUCGUCUCUCUCCCUCUCUCUCUCUCUCUCUCUCUCUCUCUUUCUUUCUCUCUUCCUCUUUCCCUCUCUUUUGAUGCCUAAUCUUUGCAAUGCACUUGAAAAGCCGAAAUCGAUUGCCGAAGACGACACGAUCCCACGUGUAUUUUUUGUAGUUCGAUUCGAGCGUAGUUUUCCCCUCGAAACUUCUUCGAUCGUCAUUCGUUGUGCGUUGUAAAUAUAUUCAAGAUGGGUGUAUGCGACGAGUGAGAGUAUUAUUACGAGUACGUGUGUAAAAGAAUAAUCGGUGUUGCGCCCGUACGUAGGGUAGCGGCGUACGCUUGUUUUCUCUUACGGAAUCUUGGUCAAAGCUCGCUUCUGCUUUGGCCACGAGAAAAAAAAAAA